CCUAAAACGACUUUAAUGAACUUCGUUCGUUUUUUCUUUACGGUUUAAUACUUAAGAAGGCCGUGGCGUUGUUUUAUGUGUUUUUUUAAUGUUGUUUAAUGGCCGCGGGUUGUUAGCGGAAGAUGGGCUUGGCUCUUCCAGUUUCGAAGUCCUCCUCCUCCUUCUUCUCCUUUACUUUUUUUGUGUCGCGUUAACGAGUUAAACGUCUUUUUUUUCUCUCCUUUUCCAGGGAAGGAAAAUGAGCGACGCCAAUCCGCCUAAAGUGGAACUUUUUGUGAAGGCUGGGAGUGAUGGGCAGAGCAUUGGCAACUGUCCCUUCUCUCAGCGUCUCUUCAUGGUGUUGUGGCUAAAAGGAGUCACGUUUGACGUUACUACAGUGGACAUGAAGAGGAAACCCUACAUCCUAAACGACUUGGCUCCGGGUGCCCAGCCUCCCUUCCUGUUGUACGGCAGCGAGGUGAAAACUGACACCAACAAGAUUGAGGAAUUCCUGGAGGACAACCUCUGCCCGCCCAAGUAUCCCCGUCUGGCCGCGCGGAACCCUGAGUCGAACACAGCAGGCAUGGAUGUCUUCUCCAAGUUCUCGGCUUACAUCAAGAACUCCAACCCUCAGACCAAUGAAAAUUUAGAGAAAGGCCUUCUGAAGGCCCUGAAGAAGCUUGACGACUACCUCGGUUCCCCACUUCCUGACGAAAUUGAUGAAAAUAGCGCCGAUGAAGUCACUUCCUCAUCUCGCCCCUUCCUCGACGGCCACGAGCUUACUCUGGCUGACUGCAACCUGCUUCCAAAGCUCCACAUUGUGAAGGUGGUGUGUUUAAAGUACCGAAACUUCAGCAUCCCUCAGUCUCUGACCAACCUGUGGAGGUACCUGAACGCAGCGUACGCCCGGGACGAGUUUGCCUCCACCUGCCCGAUCGAUGACGAGAUCCACAUCGCUUAUUCUUCUGUCGCCAAAGCUCUCAAGUAGGAGUCGGAAAGCACCAUAUAGCAGAGCUGUGUACAAGUGUACUAGUAAAACAACAAAUUUAUAUAAUCCAAGUUAUUACAAUUGCUUUGCCAUGUCAAACUAAGCUUACAAAUGGUUAUUUGUUACUUAGUUAUGUUAGAUAUAGCAAAGAAGCACAUACAGCAAAAGUACUAAGGCAAUCGUGGAUCAAUCCAUCAGGGGUUAGCUUGUAUUUCCUGAGAAAGUUAUUUAUUUCUUCUAGUUUCAAUUCCUCUUGCUGUUUCAAUACUUUAUGAAAUUGUUCGCAUUUAUUCGCACAAAUAUUCACGUUGGCGCUCUUGCUUUAUAGUUGUUCCAUUUUUUUUAAAGUUGUGCCAACAUUGCUUUCUUUCUCCACAAUAUUUCAGUCCCUCUGGGCAGAAAUGUUGCUGGCUCGUACGGGAUCAAAUACUUACCGGUAUUUCCCCUACUGUACAUGCAUUGAGAACCCUAUACCAGGGGUGUCCAAACCUUUUCCAUUGAACAGCCGCACACUGAAAAAAUUCAAGCUUGCUGGGACCAUUUUGAUAUUUUUUGUUUUCAAAACAAAUAAAAUAUCUAGAUUUUUUUUUUUAACCUUUAGAGCUCCCCUCAAGUUCGACCUCGGGGACUCGCAGGGGUGUGUCAUAAAACAUCUUAAAAGUUAAGUCUUUUUUUUUAUUUUAUGUUUUUUAUUAUUUAUUCAAUCCUGAAAUAUUGAUCAACUUCAAAGUCUCUCUAUUGAUGUACCGGUAGUUUUGUUUCUGUUUCAUACCCUUCUUGGUCAAAACCCUGAUUAUUUUUAUGGCAAAAACACAAAAUAUGCAAUAUUUUCCCUAAAAAGAUUUUCGAAGUUGAAUAUUUUAUGUAAUGUAAUGGGAGCCUUAAUAGGUCAGUAAUUCAUAACCACAUUAAUUUAGUUUUUUUUUUAAAGUAAUGACAGUUUAAAAAAAAUAACUGUAAAAUUAUUGUGAAUCCAAAUGGGCCCCACUCAUAAAAAUGUGAAAAACAAGACAUACCGUUUAUAUUUUUUUUACUUUCAACGUUUAAUCUGUCAAUUAUAAGAUAAUACAUUUUUUUUCAUGGUUUUUAAUAUAUAUGCCUUUUUUGUCGAAGAAAACUUUUUUUUUCCUAUGGCAAACACACAAAAUAUGAAACAUCUUCCCCCAAAAAUAUUUUAAAGUGGAAUUUGUGAUUUAAAGUAAUUAUCCUUUAAUAGGUCAACAAUUCAUAACAACAUUGUUUUUUAAAAGCGACAGUUUAAAAAAACAACCUUUUGUUAUCAGAGUCAACAUUGUAACUUUUUCUUGUGACAUAUUACCUGUUUGCUCUUUUAUUCCACUUUUUAUGUUGGUUUUUUUUUAUAGUAUUUUUAGAAUGUGCAGUGGGUCAUUAAAAAAUUAGCUGUGGGCCGCAAAUGGCCCUACACGCCGCACUUUGGACACCCCUGCUCUAUACUCCUUGUUUGGUUGUUUGGUCAUAGCUAAGUACACACUGUCCAAUUAGUAAUGAUAAAGAUGAUAAAGAAACUGCCUGUCAGAUCACAUGUUUAUAUUUGUAAAUGUAUAUUAUUGGGUAGUAAAAGCUGUAGCAUAGCAGCAUUGACCAAAAUGUUCACUUGGCGUGAAUUUGUUAAUGUCUACAUGGCGCUUUUUUUUUUUUUUUUACAGUUUAGAACUUGCAUUGACGUACGUGCAAACAUUUUUAGUCGUCGCAGCACACAAUAGGGCGGAAAGGGGGUGUAGAGUUGGGCUCAUUUUGAGGAGGUUGAUACAGAGACAGGAAACCAUAUCAAUAGUUUCGAGCUUCCCCUUUUUACGAUCCUGCAGAGCAGCUGUGAAUGACUAUUUGGUGUAAUCUGCUGCUGCAAAAAGCCUAAACCUAAAAAUGUUGAGCAUAAAAUGUAUUAUGGAGUAUUGUGCCAGACUGGGGGGGGGGGAAUCACAUGGAAAGUUUUGUAAUUUUACAAGAUUUAAGUAAUGUUACUAGAAAAAUAGCAUAUUGUUACAUAUACAGUAUGUAAUCUGUGUUUUCUUGUACUUUUUUUUUUUUUUUUUUUUUUUUUUUAGAAAAAAAUACAUUAGAUAUAUUGAAGUAAUAAAAUGUUCAUUUAAUGAUUGUCUGUUAGAGACUUUCCAUACUGUAUAGUAAUCAUUAUGUUUCCAUAUAUUUAUUUAUUUUUAAACAUUGACAUCACAGAUUUUUCUUAAAAAUAUUUUUUUUUUAUAAAAUUACUACUUGUCAUAAACUAACUUUGGAUAUUUUUGACUGUAGUUUGACCAUGUUAUUGUCAUACAAUUUUAAUUUGUUCUCAUAAACCUGCAAAUUUUCCCUCUCAUAAAAUAAUAAUAUAUAUAGUCUUGUAGGAUUUUAACUUUUUUUCAUAAUAAGACCUAAUUUGUCUUGAAGUUACAUUUUACGAUGUUACAUUUCCUCAUAAUUGUGCAACUUUGUUCUCACUAAAAUUAUUAGUCAAUAUGACUUAAAUCUUGUAAAAUGCAAACUGUUUUCCUCAUAGUAUUAUUGAAUUUUUCCCCCAAAUCAUAAUGACUAGCUUUGCCUGUAUUCUCGUAAAAUACCAACUUUACUCCUGUAAAAUCCUUUCUUUUUCCCAUGUUGUAGCAUUGUUACAUCUUUAUUCUUGUAGUUCAACUUUGUUCAACACUUUUCUUGCUAAAUGUCAUGUUUUUUGCAUAGCCGUCAACUUUAUUUUUGCUAAAAAUGACCGCCUUGUUCUUGAGUUAGUACAAAUUUUUAUACCUUUACGAUUUAUCUCGUGUGCAUUGCAACUUUAUUCCCUAGAGUUAAGACUUGAUUCAAAAACGACUUUAAUCUAGUAGCAAGUAUAUCAUUUGUAUUUCUUUUCAGUGUAACCCUAAAAGGCCGGAAUAUGAUUAUAAUUUAGCUUAGUGAGAUUAGCAUAUGAAAUGUGCAUAUUAGCCUGUAGAACAUCUACUAAGUAACAAUUAGAUCAAAGCCUUAUAUUUAAUCUGAACAUGUGUUGUGUUAGUUGAUCUCGACAAUAAGGAUGUUGGGAAUUGUUAUAGGAAUUGAGCCUGCAAUCCCCACAGUAUUCAUGAAGGGACUUAAUGUUACUGUACAUCUCAAACACAUAAUAACAUUAUAAUGUUGCUGUGAGCAGGCUAAUACUUGAACUGAACCGUGAUAAAAUGCCUUAUUUUAGCUGUAGUGGCAGCUUUUUAGCAACCAUAAGGCUCAAUGCUAAUUCCUUGUUGAAGGCAAAUGGAAGAUAGAUUUAAAAUGUAUACACUACGCUAUUAUGGAUAGUCUGCUUUUGGGUAAAACUUCUGGAUGAACCUUAAAUUCAACAUAACCUUUUACACGUGAGCAAUUUUAAAUUUAGGGCCAGAAUUAAUCUCAGCAGACACUGGAAAAGCCAAAUGCUGGGUUUUGUUUCUGUGUGAGUCAAAAGGACGUCAUUAUCCAAUGCAUAUUUGGCCAUACCGCAUGCGCAUAUAUGUUUUUAAUGCUAAAAAAGAGGUACUCAUACAGUUUAGCAUUCUUCUCAUUACAUUAUUCCUUUUACUCAUUUUUUUUGUCAAGUUUGUAUUCAUUUCAUUUCUUCAGUGUGUCACAGGCCAAUAAAAACAAGCUGCCCCUUUAGACACCCCUGGUUUACGUAUUUACCUGGGAAGGUGAAGUGUUACCAAAAAAAACGCAAGGUCAAGGUUUAUUUAUUUGUAUAGCACAAUUUCUAAGAACAGCCCCAAAGUGCUCUACAAAUUAAGAACGGAAAGGUAAACAAAAAUAGAAGUAAAAUCACAGUAAGUACAGUCAAGGCUAUAAAUAGUAGGGGUGCUCAAAAACAUCCGAAUCACAACUGUUUUUUUCCGAUUCAAAAUCAAUUAAUCUUUUCACUUCUUUUUUGGUAAUCUACUUUUAAAAUAUUUUUUUUUUUAGGGCGUCUCUAUGCUUACUCGCUGUGUGUAUACGUCACACAUCAGCACUCAAAAGCAGGUUUUUUAACCUGUUUUUGAAAAGGUUUCGUUAUAGAUGUUAUGCCAAAUAGUACAUUUGUGUUGAUUUUUUGGAUCGAUUCUGAAUCGAAUUGUCACCACAAGAAUCGAAAUUGGAUCAAAUUGAAUCGUGAGGUGCCCAAAGACCACAACUAAACGAACCAUACAAUUAAAUGUUAACAAAAAGAAAGAAAGAAAGAAAGAAACAAAAUAAGGGAUAUUCACAGAAAUAAUAAAAAGGCACAAAUAAAAAACAUCAAAAUCUCCAGCUCAGCUUGUGGUAAUCGCCAGCGUAAAUAAGCUCAGUCUUAUGGUAGUCAUGAAGGCUGGGCUGCACACUUUUGGAGUUGUUCUGUAGUGAAACAUUUCUAAUAGAAAUGUAUAUUCAAAAGUUCAGAAAAGGUUAAAGUAGGCCAACCUGUCAAAAGUUACAGUGCAUUUUCGGUUCAUCCUGGAAUUAAACCCAAAAGCCAAAUACCCCAAACUUUUAGUGUGUAGUGUAUGUCUUUGUGCUGAACUCGAUAUAAGCUGCAGGUUUAAAGCACCUAAGUGCAAUUUAAGAGGGAGAAACGGUCUUUUUGGACAUUUUGCUACAGAGUUUUAAUUGGGGAGUCUUUGUUGUAACAGAAAAUGUAUUUUUACUUGACUGAACUGUUUCCUCAAUGAGUCAAUUAAAGCGAUGGUAACUAAAUAUUUUAGUGUUCUUAGAAUCUAAUACAAUUUCAGGGAUCAUCUAACUCACAUUUAAAUGCUACUUUUUUUUGUUUUUCGCCUUUUUUCUUCACUUGUGUAUGUAAAUGCCAUGUUCUUUUCACCUUGUUACGCUUUGACUAGUUCAGCCUUAUUCACCAUGUUUUGUGCUCGUUAACAUGUAGCUAUGUAACAGUUGUCGCACUUAUGCGUCCACAGAAGGGUGGACACUAAACGUAAAUCACAUUGACAAUCAAUCCAACUGUGGAAAAAUCGUUUCCAUUUUUGAUUUUGUACUUUGAAAAUCCACAUUUCAUUGGUGCAUUCCUUCAAAAUAAAGUGUCUUAAGAAAUAA